AAAUCGCGUAUGCGGGUCACUGCGUUCGCCAUUGCUGUAUCAGCAAGAACGCGAAGUUCAUCAAAUAUUUCAGCAGUUUCUGUCGCAUUGCACGUUCCGUGCCGUUCAUCUCGCCCGUCCGCAUUCGACAGCCACCACCAAAAUGAUCGACCGUACCUCUGCAGAGGAAGAGAUCAGUCGGGCGAUCAACAGUGCGAUGGGCUACACGAUGAACGCGACCGAGUACUUCAACGGUUUGGACAAUGGUUCGUUCACGUCAACCGUGGCGGGUGCCAGCGCCACGAAACCGAUGGGCCGUGGACGUGGCGUCGUCGACGUAUCGCACAGUCGGCUGGAAGAAAUCCGUCUAGCCGCACGCAUCAGUCGUCUCCAGGCGCAAAACUACCCGAUGGGGCAUCUGCCAACGACGCGUGAAAUAUUGGCCGGAGAUCGGGCGGCAGAAAUCACCGCCGGUCUGCGUACGCUCGGUAUCCACAGUACGGACAGCCAGCUCAGCAGCCGUACUACCAUACCGACCGUUGUCAAGGAAAAGAUACGCGUCGACGGGAAGGUGCCUUUGAUCCUGGACGGUGAUUUGUUCCAUCAGCGCUACUGCUCGGAAGAGGAGGAUGAAGAUGACGAGUCACAAAGUGCGUCACCGAAACCGUCCGAAGACAUGAAAUACGAUCCAUCGAAACCGCUCACCGUGCUGUUUCCGACGAUUGUCGAAUUUCGACAGCCGAUACCCGACCCGGAAUCGAGCGGAAGUGAGCUGAACACGAGCGUCACAAGUUCCGCCAGCUCCAGUUCCUCGAAAAACAGCUCAAGACGAGGUAAGAAAAAGAAGUGGACCAAAGUGCCGGUAGACAUGGUACUGUCCUCCUCCAAGCAUAUCGGGCGUGAGGAUGGGGAUGUUGUUUGCGGUGGUCCUCCGCUGCCGCCCCACAGCAGCUACCGAAGUCGUACCGUGUACAGUGCGGAAGGGAUGCGAAACAUCAAAUGAGAAGGGCACUGUGGGAGAGCCUUUUUUAAUGGAGCCUGUUCCAGUUUGGUUACAGAAAUACUAGAGUAAUAGAUUUUAGAAUAAUGCCGAUAGCAAGAGAUAGCGCAGAGGAAACGGAAUAGGAUAUGUUCAGCGAUUUAUUCGGCAAUCGCGUGUAGGAAAAGGGUUUUAUAAAAUAACUGCGCAAUAUUAUUAAACGUUAUGAUGGUCCCUGAUACACAGUUAGGCAACAUGC